AUGAAUUAAUCAACUAAUAAUUAGGAUUAGUCUCAUAUCAAUAAAAAUGUUGAUUAGCAUGGCUAAGGUAUACAUAGUUAAGAUAAUUAAUCAAAAGUAAAAGUUUUAAAAACUAAAUUAGUAACAAUAACAAUCUUAAGCUGAAAAGUAAAAGCAAUCACAUGUAAAAAUAUAAUCUUAUAAUAAAGCCUUCUCAACAUUAACAUUAGCAUAAUGAUUAGUCUCAUCACUAACAUUCUAAUAAUGAUCAUAUGGAUGGACAUAAUGAGAUUCAUCAUCAUUCAGGUGAUGAUCAUCAUGAAGCUCAUUAUAAUCCUUUGCAAAUGCCAUGUAAUUGGGAGAUAGCAAGAAAACAUGCAAUGUCAAGACGUACUGCAUAAGAAAAAAAGAAAGACCCUCUAAAAACAUUAUAAAGUAUAUUUGGAUAAUGAAUGAUAUAGUUGAUACAUGUCCUUGUUGUGGAUUCGAAGUAGACAGAGAGGAUAUUCCUUAUUGUUCAGAUCCCAUGGCUUUAUCCUUCUUAGGAUCAGGCUUUACGUUAUUUUAUAAUUACUUGAGAUAUUGCAUUAUUAUCCUCUUUAUUUAACUCUUAGUGAAAUAACUACAUAAUUUAUACACUAAUUUUAAUGGUUCAUACUGUAGUCAUGUGAAAAGAGAAAAGAUGGAAGGACAUAUAAUUGAAGAACCAUAUUGUCCAGAUAGUAUUUUCUUACGAUUAUCUUUGGCGAAUAAACUUGAGUAAUUAAUAUAUUUUUAAAAUAGUAAUCGAGAAGCUCUAGAAAUGAUGUAGCUCUUAAAUUUUAUAAGUAUUUUCAUAAUAAUGUUUGUGCUAAUUUAUUUUAGAAAAAGUUAAAGGUAAAUUGAUACUACAAUUGAUGAAGAAUAAUUAACUCCUGCAGAUUACACUAUAUGUGUAAAGAAUAUUCCAACAGGUUUAAAUGUAGACUAUAAAUAUGAACUAAAAAAUUUAUUUGAAAAUUAUUCUGUCUUAGAUUCAACUAAAUAAAUUAUUGUAAGAAAAGUUGUUUUAGUUUUUGAUAUAGAAGAGAUAAUUGAAUUAGAAAAGAAAUUAGAUUAAUUAAUAUAAUAAAAAAAAGAUGCGAUUAAAUAAUGUAAUUUUGACUUCAAUCAUGUAAAUGUAAAAAAGAUUGAAAAAGAUAUCGAACAUAUAGAACAUUAAAUCCAUUAGAUUGAAGAAGAAUAUGAAACUCAUAAUAUUAACUUUUCAGGAAUUGCUUUUGUAUCUUUUGAUGAUGAAUCCAUGAAAUAAUUAGUUCUAUAAGAUAAUCCUCAUACUUAAUGGGAAAGAAUGAGAUCACAUGUAAAUAGAGGAAAAUUAAGAAGUCUCACAAACAAUGAUUUAUAAUGGCAUGGAUAAAAAUUGUUUUUAGAAUAAGCACCUGAACCAAAUGAUGUAGAUUGGGAAUUUAUUCAUAUAACAACUAGUGAAAAAAUAUAUAAAAGGGUAAGAGCUUGGGUAUAUUACAUUUUAUUCGAAAGUGCUGCCUUUUUCAUAAUAUAUUUAAUUUCUCAUAGAUUAGCUUUGUUAGGAGAUGAAGCUCAUGAAGAAGAAUUGAAAGGAAAAUUAGAUGAAGAGACUAAAAGAAAAAUUAAUAUCUUAUCAUUUACUAUAUCAAUGACUAUAGUUUUGUUUAAUAAAUUUGGAGUUGCUAAAAUUGUUCAUUAUAUUGUGGAUGAUGAAAAAAUAUCAAAUAAAACAAAAUUUUAAAUCUCUUUUGUUUAUAAAUAUGCAUUAGCAUUAUUUUUGAAUGCAGCAAUAAUUAGUUUUUUGGUUGAUAUAGUUAUUUUAAAAAAUGUGAAAGGAGCUGGUGGUUUUAUAUAGAAUGAAAGUUAAAUAUUCGUGCUAAAUGCAAUUUUCCCUCCUUUUAUUUGGUGUGUAGAUCCAUGGAGUUUAUGUAAGAAUAUUUGGAGAAAAUACAUCAUGUCAAAAGGAGACAGAGCAUUAUUAACAUAAUAAGAAGCCAAUAAAUUAAUGGAAGAACCAGACUAUCUUUCUGCUAAAAGAUAUUCAGAUGUAAUGAAAACAAUGUGGUUUACAUUUUUGUAUGGUACUGCAAUACCUUUAGGCACUUUAUUCAGUGCAUUUGGAAUUCUUAUAUACUAUUUCGUUGAUUAUUAUAACAUUCUCAGAAGAAGAACUGUUAAAGAAUCUAUAAGUAUACAACUUUCUACAGGUAUUGUACUAUUUAGUAAUUUUUAGAAAUGAUUGAAAUGUUAGAAUAUAUUAUUGCCUGGUGUGCUUUUGGAGAAAUGACAAUGACUUACACUUUUUUCAAAGAAGUUAGCAAAAUUGAUAUCCUACUUAUCGUUAUGGCAAUAUUAUAUUAAUAAUUGCCAAUGGAGGAUAUAUCUGAAUAUCUAUUUCCUGUAGAGAAUAAUGAAGAAGUAUCAUUUUUCUUAUUUAGAUAAAACCAUAUGCUGAAGGAAGUGCAGGUUUUGAUACUGAUUAUGAUAGAGAAAAUCCUGUUACUAGACAUAAAGCUUUAGCUGAAUGGAAUAAGAGAUAAACAAGUGAUGAAAAUCCUAAUUCAAAAAAUAAGAAAAUAUUAGCAUAAUAAGAAGAGUUUGGCUAUUCUGGGGAUGGUCAUUUUGGUCGUAGAUGA